AUGAUCCGUCAUCAUCCACAAGAGUUGAAGCACCAAGCUCUCAACAACCUCAAGAUCAAAGUCAAGUUCAUGGUGACGAUCAAGUUCUUGGCAUUGAUCAAGGGGGAGAACAAGGUGGAGAAGCUCAAGAAGUUGCUCCACAAGUUCAAAAUGAUGAUGAUGGACCCAUUCAACCUCAAUCACAAGUGCCUCAUCCAAGAGUUCAUCAAAGCUUUCAACAGGAUCAUCCCGUUGAUAAUAUUCUUGGAAGUAGUUGAAACACUUAAUGAUCUGAAUUCGGUAAUUGCCAUGCAAAAAGAGUUGAACAACUUCACAAGAAAUAAGUUUAGUAGGAUCAUGACCAAGAUGUUUAAGAUGUCUAUGAUAGGUGAAUUGAAGUUCUUUCUUGGAUUUCAAGUCAAGCAAAUGAAGGAAGGAACCUUCAUAUGUCAAACCAAGUAUGUGAAGGAUAUGCUUAAGAAGUUUGACGUGGCUGAUGCCAAGCCUAUCAAGACACUUAUGGCAUUAAAUGGUCAUCUUGAUCUCGAUGAAGAAGGGAAGUCUGUUGAUUAA